UCUGGUUUUCUUCAAGAGUAAAUCGUUUAAUUGUAAAUUUUGUUAUUUGUAAUAUAGAAAUUAUAAAAAAAGACCUAAAUAGAUUUAAAUAUAUAUGUAUAUAAACAUAAUAUACAUAAGAUAAUUAAGUAAAUAAAAUCUUUAAUUUUGAUAACAUAAAAUAAAAAAAUUGAAGUAGGUAAGGCUGAAUUCAUUGGAUUUUGUCCAUUUUUUUCAAAUAACAUGACGUGGAACUUGUACUCAGGUUACAUCAAAGGAGCCAUACAGAUAAGAAAAAGAAUAUUCUACAACUUAUUGUGAAAUUCACUGCAGUUUUAAUGCAUAAGGUACACUUAUCAUGUAAAACAUAAAGCAUGUACAUAAAUCGAUUUCUUAGAAAGAGUAUUUGAAAAAAGGCUGCUAAACUAUUACAGAAAUUGGUUCGUGUUUUUUAAUUAAUUGCAAAUUGUCGAGUUUGUGUUUGAGAGUCAGAUUGUUUGAGAGUCCGGUUACUGCUAACAAAAAGUGAUUUUGAAGUUUAUUGUAUUCUGUGUGCCUUGUUGUUAUUACCAAAUUAAAAAUGGAAGACAAGUUUUCUGAGCAUUCUCUUACUGAAAUUUCUCUGGAAGAAGCUAUAAGAAAUCUUGAAUUAGAAAAUGGUAGUUCGUUUCUAAUUUUACAGCAGGAGAACAUGACAAAAACUUCAGUGUCAAGAUUAAAAGAAUUGUUAGAUCGACAUAACGUGCAACCAAAUUAUGAAUUAUUGGAGCGAGCUGGUUGUUCACAAUCGUUAUUUGGUUAUAAAGUGUCAGUUCAAUAUAAGGGAGUUUACUAUUCAGCUACAGGUGAUGGUAAUUCAAAAAAAAUUGCUAAACAUGCUGCUGCAAAAGCGUUACUUGAUAAAUUAGAAAAUUUAAUUGGUGUUAACAUGAUCAACGACACUUUUAUUGAAGAUAGUUCACUAAGUGCAACUUCAAGCAACACCUCAUUUUGUGGCUCAGAGGGAAAUGAUGAACAGUUUCUACAAAAAAAAUUUGAUCUCUUAAAUUUAUCUUCGUCUGCUGAAGACAUUACUUCGAAUGAUGAACAAAACCAAGAUACUUCAAAAACAGAACCUUCUUCGAUUUUAUUGUUACAAGAUUUAUUGGCUCGUCAUAAAAUCGUGCCAAAUUAUGAAUUUCUUGGCUCUGAAAGUACCGCGGAUAACUCUAACGUCCGCUCUCGUGUAACAUUUAACAUUGGAAAAAAUAACUUUACUGAAAUAGGGAUUGGGGAUACGAGAGAAAAUGCCAAUCAGGCCGCUGCAAAAUCUUUGAUAAUCAAAAUUUGCUCAAUUGCGAAAAAUAUCGCUAGAAAAAAUUUAGUAGAAUGGCCCGAAGAAACGAAAUUCUUUGAAACUACAGAGAAUUCAAAUAAUACGAAUGUUUUUGAUGUGACGGCUUCCCAAAUAGAUACUACGGAAUUUUUUUCUGACUCCACUAAAAAAUUCUCAAUUGAUACAAAUAUUGAGGCUAAUCCUAUUGGAAAACUACAAGAAUUAUGUGUAGCAAGGCAUUCGUGCCUACCAACUUAUGAUGUAGUGAAUGUAGAAGGAUUACCGCAUCAAAAACAAUUUACGAUUGUUUGCAAAUUAGGACAAUUGAAUGAGAUCGGCUCUGGUCUUAGUAAAAAAGAAGCAAAACGUAGAGCAGCAUUUAAAAUGUUGAAAAGAUUAAAAUAGUAUAAUGUAGACUUUUUUGAAGUCAUGUAAAUGUAAUUAAUUUAUAAAUGUUACCAAUUUUUUGUUAAACUGUUAUAUUAACUAAAUUAUUUGUGAAUAUAAA